UUUAAUCUUAUGGCAAGUAUAACAAGACUGCAUUAGCAUAAAAUUGUCAAAUGAAACUUAUCGUUUGAAAAACAAACAUGUCAAAAACAUUUCUGUACUUCGCUUAUGGAAGCAAUUUGCUGGCUCAAAGGAUUAAGAUUAACAAUCCCAGUGCUGAAAGAUACGCAAUUGGAAAACUACAGGGUUACAGGCUUGAUUUCGCUACAUAUUCUUCAAGAUGGAAGGGUGCUUCUGCAACCAUAGUACCACAAAGCGAUGCUCAUGUUUGGGGUGCAAUAUGGGAAAUUGAUAUGAAAAACUUGCCAGAUUUGGAUAGACAAGAAGGGGUUGAUAGAAACAUAUACUUUCCAUUGGAAGUGAAUGUAGUUAAUCCAGAAGGAGAAUCAAUCCAGUGUAGGGUUUAUCAACAAACUAUCUCACCAUCAUUUAUACAUAAUAUCAAAGAUUUACCAUCUGAGAGAAAACCAUCCCCUAUUUACUUGAAAACAAUACAAUUAGGUGGUGUAGAGUCCAAGUUGCCUGAAGAUUAUGUAAAAUUCCUUAACACAAUACCAGAUAAUGGAUAUUCAGGUCAAAUUGAUAUACAAUUAGAUUUAGCUGAAAACACUGUAUGAUCAUUUUAUAAGUGUCAUUGUUUAAUUAGAGAUCAUAGCUCAAACAUUCCGAGAAAGACCGAAGUUGAUGAUGUAAUUUGGUUAUUUAAUAAAAUAUGUUGAUGAACAA